GAAUCAUUGGGGUUUUCGGGGACAUUAUUUAAAGGACUAGCUCUUUCCUCAAUAUUCAGACACCUCUGGAAUAUCAUCCAUAACGGAAUUACUUAAUAUUUUUUUCUAUAAAGCUUUUAAGGCUGAAGAAACGUCAUCCUACACAAAAUAUCUAUAUCUUCAUUAACCAUGUCGACGUGGUCUGCUAUACUUCAUGUAUUAGGUAUUCUGUCUUUGAGCUGUUGCACUUUUGGAUCUGAAUUAAAUGUUCCAACACCAAUUAGCUGUGGAACUCGCUCGGUGGAUCUACCAGACACCCGUCAGCUGGUGCUCUGCCCAGCAAACUGCACUCUGUGGAGCCUGUCAGUCUUUGGUUCUGGAGUAUAUGCUUCUAUUUCCAGCAUAUGUGGAGCAGCGAUACACAGAGGGAUCAUAAGCCUAUCUGGUGGACCUGUGGAGGUUCACGGACUGCAAGGGAGGACAAACUACCUCAGCUCUUACGCUCACGGUGUCCAGUCUCAGUCGCUGUCACAAUGGAGUUCAUCUUUCACUGUGGCCAGAGCAAUUAGCUUGCCUUUGGAAGUGUCCAGCCAAACCAGCAGUUCUGCCACAGUUGCAUCUGGAGCAGCCAAGAAGCCAGUCAAAAAACCUGUGAAGAAGCCUCCUCCAACAACAGCAAACAGAGAUUGCCCGGUCGAUAUGGCGUUGCUGCUGGAUAGCAGCUACAACAUUGGACAGCGGCGGUUCAACUUGCAAAAGAACUUUGUCAGCAAGCUUGCAACCACCUUGAAAGUUGGAACACCAGGUCCUCAUUUAGGAGUGGUGCAAACCAGCGAGACACCUCGAACUGAAUUCUACUUGACAAACUAUACGACAGCCAAAGAUGUGACUUUUGCCAUCAAAGAGAUCCCGUACAUUGGGGGCAAUACAAACACAGGUAAGGCCAUACUGCACACCGUGAGGAACUUUUUCAAUCCGGAUUUUGGUGUGCGGAGAGGUUACCCACGGAUCAUUGUGGUUUUUGUUGAUGGGUGGCCUUCUGACAAUGUGGAGGAGGCGGCAGUUUUAGCCAGAGAGUCUGGCAUUAACGUCUUCUUUGUGUCUGUGGCCAAACCUUCUCCCGAGGAGAUGAGCUUGGUGAGCGAUCAAGACUUUAUGAGAAAGGCAGUGUGCAAGGACAAUGAGUUCUUCACUUUCACCAUGCCCAGCUGGUUCAGCACCAACAAGUUUGUGAAGCCACUAGCUCAUAAACUUUGCUCCAUCGAUCAGAUGCUCUGCAGCAAGACGUGCUAUAACUCAGUAAACCUGGGCUUCCUGAUCGAUGGCUCCAGCAGCGUAGGUGAUGGGAAUUUCCGGCUUGUGCUGGACCUUCUUGUCUCCAUCGCACGCAGCUUUGACAUCUCCGACAUCGGAUCUCGCAUCGGCGCCAUCCAGUUCACCUACGACCAAAGGAUGGAGUUCAACUUCAAUGACCACAUCACGAAAGAUAAUGCUCUGAGGGCCCUGCAGAACAUCCCAUACAUGAGCGGAGGAACGGCCACUGGAGACGCCAUCAACUUUGCUGUGCGGAGCCUCUUUAAACCCCACACAAGCUCCAACAGGAAGUAUCUCAUCAUCAUCACCGAUGGCCAAUCCUACGAUGAUGUGAGAGUGCCGGCAAUGGCCGCCCAGAGAGAGGGGAUCACUGUGUACACGGUUGGAGUGGCUUGGGCUCCUAUGGAAGAUCUGAAGGCGAUGGCAUCCGAGCCCAAGGAGAGCCACGUGUUUUUCACUCGUGAGUUCACCGGCCUGGCGCAGUUCCAGCAGCCCAUCGUGCGGGGCAUCUGCAGGGACUUCACAGAGUUCAAUUAAACAGUGCAACUGCUUUAAGUGCAAGAAUAGGAAGUAAGAAAUGGAGGUAAGGAAGGAGAAAAUGGGCAGGAGUGAAUAAGAAACAACGCUUUUGUCUUAUGGCUUUUUUUUUUUUUUUUUUUUUUUUUUUUGUAGGAAAAGGGAUUUGGGCGGUUUUGUUAUAAAGGAACUGGUAUGUGUGAUCCAAAGGUUUUUUCAGCUUUUUUGAGAAUGUAUCACAGUAUUGUAUGUCAACUUCUCUAUAAUGUGGAGAAUGUAAUUAUUUGUGAUUUCUAGUCUGUCUUUAGCCUAUAUGUUCCUGGUGAAAAAAAAAAACAUUCUUUAACUGCUUCUGGCAAGUCUUUUUUCCUGUGGAGGGGUCACUGUAACAAAAGGCUCUUUUAUAUUAAUUUCGGAACUUGAAGAUUCAAUUCCAGUUGAGCAAGGUAACUUACUAGUGCAGAAAUGGUGAGCAAAAGCAGUCAUGAAGAAAAUUGUCAGUGAAACGGCGCCCUCUUAUGCAUUCUCAUGGCAGUACACGAAUACACAGCUUUCAUUCACACAAUUACAUAAAUACAUCUGGGUUAUAUAAGACAUGGACCUUACCAGUAGUGCCAAAGAACUCACAUGCAAUACAUUCACAACGAAUCACGUAUGUCUGGGUGUGAGACGAGGAUCACGGAUGAAAAGUUAGCGUUUUGGUUAUAAUCCCCCACCCGUUUUCUUAAAUUAUACUUUCAUGUAUUUAUCAAACCUAUUUUCUGUGUACCUUUCCAUAUGCAUGAUUUACUGCCUCACGUAAUGACCAGAGAGGGGAGGAGCGGCAUCAAACUGCUUGUACAUUUGUUUAUAAUUUAUUACUUUCUUCUCAAUAAAGGACAAUGUGUUUGUACAACAUAA